AGAUGGACGAGGAGAGAUUUUUCAUCGAAGUAGAGAAGUACUCACUUUUAUAUGACUCGUCUUAAAAAUUCUACAAGGAUCCAACUAAUAAAAAUGCGUUAUGGAGAGAGAUUGCAAAGACCAUGCACAUUUCAGAUGGUGUUAAAGACGCCACUGCUCCUGUGUUGCAGGAAGUGCUGUGUGCAAUCAUCUGGUGGCCCUUCUUUACCAGACAGCGCACUACUCUCAACUAAACAUUCCUGCUGCACCACCAGUUCACAGCUGCACAGACACAGAACAGCGUUGGCACGAGCCAAGAACACUUCCAGGUCCGGUUGAUGGGAUAGAGUUCCGUAAACUUACUAACUCGUGUGCUGAUGGAAUAAGAAGUUGUCUCUACAAAGCACUCCAUGGAUAUAUGCCUGACAUGGACCUUCUCCACGUCUCAGAAACAUAUGCCAACUUUUCUCCACUUACUUCCCCUCUUGUGAAAACAAUGGAAAUGUCAGCUGAUGUGCCCCUGGUUGAGUCCUCCUUUGGGCCAGUGCAAGCUGGCAGUGUGCUGUCCUAUCAACUUCCACAGCCAAAGACCCGUGAAAUUGUGAAAAUUGCCGAUGCCCCUUCUCCACUAAUACUUCUGUUAGAUGGCAACAGGCUUCAGUCUUCCCAGUGUGCUUACAUCCUUAGCCAUCAGGGGCAGUUCCAGGUCAAGGCAUUAGAGACAACCUACGAGAUGUCAAACAAAGUCGAGGUUGCUACAAGGGAGCAGAGCAGCAGCCCGGAAUGGCAUCAGCUCAGGAAAAUGAGAAUAACAUCCUCUCGUUUCCGAGAGGUUUGCCAUGUCCGGGGAGAGACCUCAGCGGACCGCCGAGCUGAGCGGAUGUUCAAGGGAUCUGGUGUGGAGAUGAAGAGGGGGCUAGCCAUGGAGCCAGUGGCUGUACAGGAGUACUGCACACUGAAGAAUGUUAACUUCUUUCCAUGUGGCUUCGUAGUGCACCCAGAUGCUCCGUGGUUAGGAUCUUCUCCAGAUGAGAUCAUAUUUGAUCCCAGUGUGAGACCACACUUUGGACUCUUAGAGGUCAAGUGCCCAAAUGUACAAAGUUAUGUUGACUGCCUUUACCUGAGGAUACAGAAUGGAGAGCUGAAGUUGAAGAGAUUUCAUGCUUACUACUGGCAGGUGCAAGGUCAAAUUCUUCUCACAGGUUGUAGCUGGUGUGACUUUGUCAUCUGUGCACAGGAGGACAUCCUAGUUGAAAGGAUGUCUAAAGAUCUACAGGUUUCAAAAAAUAUAAGAGAGAAGGUUUAA